AUGGGAAAACAAGAUGAGCCCUAUACAGCCCAGGUUACUCCCGAUCCGGAAGCCCAACUGGCGGGAGCUGCGCCGGGCGCACCAGAGAAAGCCCUCGAUGCCGAUGUCUCAGACCAGUACAACCUCCCAACCUGGCGCAAAUGUAUCAUCCUCUUCGUGGUGAGCUGGAUGACCCUCGCCAUCACCUUCUCCUCAACCUCCUUCCUCCCCGCAACCCCAGAAAUCGCCUCCGAAUUCAAAACAACAACAGAGAUCCUCAAUGCGACAAACGCAGGCGUGCUGCUCGCAAUGGGCUUCUCGUCGCUGAUCUGGGGACCGCUGGGUAAUAUCUUUGGGCGCAGGUAUGCGUAUAACGUUGCGAUUUUUGUGCUUACAGGGUGUUCGGCUGGUGCUGCGGCGGCGAUCAAUAUGCGUAUGUUUACGACUAUGAGAAUCUUGGCUGGGUUGACGGGAACGUCGUUUAUGGUUUCGGGGCAGACUAUUCUCGCGGAUAUUUUUGAGCCUGUUGUUCGAGGAACGGCCGUUGGUUUCUUUAUGGUUGGGAGUGUUGCUGGGCCUGCUAUUGGCCCCUGCAUGGGAGGAAUCAUUGUAACUUUCGCCAGCUGGCGAAUCAUCUUCUGGGUGCAAACAGCCAUGGCAGGCUUCGGCCUGAUUCUCUCUCUCCUCUUCGUCUCGAAUGUUCGAGACCCUCCAACCAUGAUCGCGAAGAAGAAAGCUGGAGCGAAAUUUGGCGCUCUCGACAUGGUGAACAUGUUUAAUCCAUUGCGGAUCGUCCGUCAGAUGGUGUAUCCAAAUGUGUUUCUUGCCGACUUAACAUGCGGCUUCCUCGCGACCUUCCAAUACGCCCUCCUAACCUCCGCCCGCGCCCUCUUCAACCCCCGCUUCCACCUAACAACGGCCCUAGUAAGCGGCCUCUUCUACCUCGCCCCGGGCUCUGGCUUCCUGCUGGGCUCCGUACUUGGCGGGAAACUCUCCGACCGCACGGUCCGCAAGUGGAUCAAGCGCCGCAACGGAGUACGUCUCCCACAGGACCGGCUUAACUCGGGGCUGUUGACGUUGCUGGGCGUGUUGCCUGUGUCGGCGCUGAUUUUCGGUUGGACGUUGCAGGAAGAGGUCGGUGGGAUGGCAGUGCCCAUUAUUAGUGGGUUCUUUGGCGGGUUUGGAUUGACGGGGAGUUUUAAUGGGUUGAAUACCUAUAAUGCUGAAGCGAUUCCGGCAAAACGGUCAGAGGUCAUUGCGGGAAAGUAUAUCGUGCAGUAUAUCUUUGCGGCGGCGAGUACGGCGGCCGUGCAGCCGUUGCUGGAUGCUAUUGGGGCUGGGUGGACGUUUACUAUCUGCGUGGUCCUUUCUCUCAUCGGCGGAUUCUUGGUCUGGGCGAUUACGAAAUGGGGACUUGAUAUGCAGCAGUGGGCGGAGAGGAAGUUUGAGUUGGAUAAGAAACCUGGUUUUUAG